CUUAGCUGUAUUUCAGUCUGAUGCUGUGACAGUCAGCAGCAAGACAUCAUGGCUGUUACAGCUCUCUGCAUCAGACUGCUGAUGGAUGUGUUUGUCUUGCUGGUUGCACAAGCUGACCACAGUUACUUUGCUCAUAGAGCUGAUGCAGCGUUUCCUCGUAUUUCUCCAGACAGACUGCAGUUCUUUGAAUAUGAGACUCUCACUAUAAGUUGUGAAGAGUUUGGAGGCUUGAGUGAAUGGAGAGUGAUGAGGAAGCUCAAAAUAACUCCAACAGAGUCUUACAACUGGAAGUCAUCAGCAGCCUCCUGCACCAUUCAUCCUACCUUUAUAAGACACAGUGGAGAAUACUGGUGUGAAGAUGCAGAGGGAAACCAGAGUGAUGUCCUCAACAUCUCCAUCACUGAUGGUUCUGUGAUCCUGGACGUUCCUGCCCGUCCUGUGGUGGCGGGAUAUGAUGUGAUUCUGCACUGCAGGAAAGAGAAAACUCAGGCAAAACACAUUGCAGAUUUCUACAAAGAUGGUGUCAAAUUAGGGACCUGGUAUGAAAACAACAUGACCAUCCACAAUGUUUCCAAGUCUGAUGAAGGACUGUACAAGUGCAGAAUCUCUGGAGCUGGAGAAUCACCAGAGAGUUGGCUGUCUGUUUUAAAUCAAAAUGAAACAGCUUACGAAGAGACUCGUCCUUCCAACAGUGACUCUCUUAAUCUUUCCUCCCUGCUGUGGACUGCUGUGUUUGCGGCUUUGGGGCUGUUGGUGAUGGGACUACAUGUCUGCAGGAAACACAGAGAGCCAGACGUGUCUGGAGCAGAUACCAAGCCACAAUUACCAGAUGAGAGUGUUUAUUCUACAGUCUACUACAGGCCGAUGACACCUGACUGAAGGACUGAGGAGAUGGUCUGUUGUAUUUUUCUUAGCAAGAAAGGAAGUCAUACUGUAAACUCACAG